AUGCCAAUCGGACUGUUUGAAAUGGCAUGGGAAUCAAACUCCCUUCUCAUCCACAUGACAGCGCUGAUGAUCCGCGAGGUGCUUGGUUUCCAUGCUGAGGUCGAUCCUACAGUGGGUGGGAAUGGAGCUUCUCCAGUCUUCGCUUUGGCAGGAUGUACCGACUUCAACGACAAAGACAACAGGGUCUGCGGCGUCCAAGAAACGACGAUCCAUGUGAGCGUGGACUCUUGGAUUGGAAGCUAUGCUUCCACUCAGAAUCAGUUCGCCAAGGAGUAUCCAAGACUUGCGGCGGAGGAUUUAGGGAGCAUGGGGUAUGCAGGAGAAGAAUCCAUGUACGUAAGCCGAGCGAUUCUCCAAGCUGCCUACAGUGAAUCCGGUCUUGCUCUGGACUUCUACAAGAGCUACAACACUACGCAUCAUGAUCCAAAGAAAUAUUUUGGUUCCAUCCACGAUGUGAACUUGUCAGAGUUGGCGCUCUGCAAUGAGACCGACCUGAGCGACCGGAACCAGAUGUCGGACUAUGCCAAGUAUUCAGGCGACUACGAUGGAGUUGUCAACCAAUCAGAUGGUACAUUUGUCGCCAAGUGUACCAACGACCGCUGGUGGUAUGCCCCUGCGUGCCGUCGCAAUGCCUCUACAUGUAUUCCUGUCUUCACGGCCGGGACUGGUUGGAAAGCACAGCCCAUGAUGCAAUGGUCAACGGCUUACGGAAUUCCAGCCCCAAAGGUGAAGAACUUUGUGCGGAUGAUCAACUUCGAGCUGCCAGAGGUUCAAGAUCUGUGGCGUCAGACAGGCUCAAAGUCCGACGUGGCUUGCCGCUGGCUCAAGGAGAAUCAAGACCGUUGGAAAGCCUGGAUUCCCGAUGACACCAAUUGCCUUGAGGGCUUUGGAGUGGUGGACGAGAAGAAUCAAGCGUUCCUCAAUAGCCGCGAGGGUGCAGUGUCCUGCGGGCUGUGUACGCCUGGCAGAUCAUCUCAAGAAGUUGAAGACGAUAAGGGGAAGACCUAUCGCUGCGCGGAGUGCGAACCUGGAGCCCUGGGCAGCACCAACGGGAUGGAAGAUGGAGGGGUGCACGAUGGUGGAAGGGGAGAGCCAAGCCCAAAGCUUCUCUACUUCGUGCGAGAAGUGCCCCAAAGACGCCAUAUGGUUGAGGAUAUCAUGCGAAAGGUGGGAUGGCUGGUCUUGAGCAUGAUGAGUGAUGCCUGGGGCAGCAUCAUGUGCGAGCCUUGCGGGCAGGGCUUUUACCAAGACUCUGUGGGCCACUCAAUGUGCAAAGCAUGCCCUGCUGGGCGCACCACAAAGCUGCUGGGGGCCACCGGAUUGAAAGACUGCGUUUGCCAGGCAGGCUCGAUUGAAGAGGAGGGUCAGUGCGUGCCGUGCGGCACUGGCAUCGCAUGUCCGCUGGGGAGUCAGUUGGAGGAUCUGAAAAGCAAUAGUGAGUCCGAUCCCAAUCUCCCUCGUGUUGAACCAGGCUUUGUGAGCCAUUGGUCCUCGCCGCUGCAGACCUUUCGCUGCCGGGGCUCGGCUUGUCCCGGUGGCGCGCCGGGCUCGUGCUUUGGUGGCCGGCAAGGUAUUGUUUGUGCAGAGUGCCCGGCAGAGACGCAGCUUGUGAAGGCCAUCGGCAGCGUCCUUCUGGUGCUCUUCAUCUUGGGGUGCGCCGUGGGCUAUUACCUCGCACCAUCCAGGUAUGAGCCGAGAGCAUCGGCCACCUUCUGCUGCAUUGGCAGUGUUGGCAUUGCUGUUGCCUUGUUGCAGAACAUCGGCGUGUUAGGCACCGUCUCCAUCCAGUGGCCAGCGUCCACCACGCCCAUGUUCAGUGCCGGGUCCGUGGUGCUUUUGGAUCUGGAUUCCGUUGGCAUCAAUUGCGUGGCGCCAGGCAGUAUGCCCAACUACAUCAUGAGGCUGGUGGCUAUUGUGGUGGUUCUGAGCAUCCUGCCAAUCCUGGCAGUGUUGAGCAAUGUCAUCCCAUGGGUGAGACGCCGCGAGCUGGCCUGGAAGACGGAGAAAGUUCUCAGCAUGUCCGCGAACUUCAUGCAAGUAGCUUUCACAACUUUAGCCAGCUUGGGCUUGAUUCCCUUUAUGUGCUACGAGCACCCGAGCAGUGACCUGUCCGUCCUCAAGUUUCCCAACAUCCUUUGUGGCAGCGGCGAACACCAAUCCAUGCAGGUCCUGGGCGCUUUGGUUAUGGUGGUGGUGUGUUUGUUCUGCGCCUACUGCAUGUGGGGCGUCGUCAAGGCGCCGGCCUACUCCGGAAGGAACGAGCUGGCGAAGUUGAACUUUCUCAUCAAUCGUUUCAGGCCUGAGGCCUGGUGGUUCGGCUUGGUUCUUCUCGCCAGGGGCACCGCAGUCAGUUUGCCGGCAGUCAUUGCCGCAAACACUCCGAGUUUACUGGUGAUGCUGAUGCUGUCGGUCCAGCAUCUCUACUUUGGCCUUCUGCUGUGUUUUUUGCCUUGGAAAGCUUCCUGGACUUGUGAACAAGGCUCCAAUCCUCAACUUGGCGGAUUCGAUUGCGAGUGGACUGUUGGUGAUCUUGUUGGGGUCCUGCCUCCAGGAUGUUGA